AUGUUUCCAAAAGACACCUCAUUUCCGGCUGGAAUUCGAUGUGACAAGGCGGUAUCCGGCUCCGACGAAGAACAGAGAAGAAGAGACCUUGGGAUGACGAGGCACACGGCGCUCCCAGUCCGUGAAGAUCCGAUAAACAACACCUCUAUCCCAUUGAUUUUUGGCAACAAUAAGAAUAUCAGUGAGUUAGAGAAGCAGAUGGAAAAGCGGAGAGAUUCUAAGAAGUUAUUACACUACUGCAAGGUUCAAGUGGCCGAGCAUCGAGGAUUAUGGAUCGGGUUAGGACCAGAAGGCACGCAGGCGAACCAAAAUCGUCACAUUGGCUUCCAGUGGCCCAACAACUGUGGCUUUCCCAUCGCUAGCUGCAGGCAUUUGCUACAUUUCGAAGCCGGGCUAGCCCAUUUCUCUCGUCCGCCACGGGAAGAAAACGAAGCAAGGGUGACGAGCUUGAUACUGGCCAAGAAGGGGUUAAAAGAUAUUACCAAGGGGGCUUGCUUGGCCUCGAAAGGAGAACAAUCGUUUCUAUCAGCGUGA